AACACAACAUCCAAGUCAGUCUCAGUGUCUCGCUCUGUAAAUAGCUCAGUGUCAACUUUAUAAUUCAAGCUUCAUCAAUGGUUUCACACAGUGACCAGAACGGCCCACAGUAGUAAAGAGUGUUGUGUUUGUGUUUGAAUUCAUUCUCUGUGUCGUCCACAGUGAAACCCUUCACCACCACCGUGAAGGAGAUGCGGCUCCACCGUGACGACUUUGAGAUGCUCAAGGUGAUUGGUCGAGGAGCUUUCGGAGAGGUUGCCGUGGUGAAGAUGAAGGAGACUGAGAGGGUCUACGCCAUGAAGAUCCUCAACAAAUGGGAGAUGCUGAAGAGAGCCGAGACGGCUUGUUUCCGAGACGAGCGUAACGUUCUGGUCAACGGAGACAGCCAAUGGAUCACGGCACUUCACUACGCAUUCCAGGACGACAACUACCUGGUCAGUACACAGAUACUACUAUUAGUACUACUGUAAAUGCAACCAAUGGAAUACUAGGAUAUUCUUGAAUUUCCUUAAACCUGCGACAAUUACUGUAGUACAGGAAUAUAAAGAUGUUGCCCGUAAACAUAAACCAAACAUCACUUGGUCUCAGGUAUUUAGAAGAAUGAGUGUCU